ACUGUAAACUUCUGAUCCGGAAGAAUACUUUGUCCAUUAUGAAAUCGCAGGCGACAGCUAAGUGCAUUUAGUAUACAGUAGUUUAUUAUUUAAAAAAAUAUUUCACGGGCCGACAUUCUGAACUGUGAAUAUGACCUUCGCCUUGAGACCAACGCGACGCUUGUACGCUCACCUGUCAACGUCUAAUUUCGUGCAGUGUCGCACUAUCAAGAAAGAACACACUUUAAAAAGGAAAGAGUGCCUCCUACUGGCCCUUCAACACCACUUCAAGCAGCGUCUGGUCUCCCAUCCAUGGACAGACCAGGACCGACCCUGCUUAGCUUCAGAGAAUGGUGGGUGGGAGCGGGUGAUCCCUGCAUUCCGCUCUGUGUGUGGUGAAGAUGGAGUGUCCCUGGGUGCAGCAGUCAGGGAGCAACAUGGCAGAGACGAGUCUGUACACAGAUGUCGCCCCCCAGACAUAGUGGUGUGGCCGCGGAGUGUGGAGGAGGUCAGUGCCCUCGCCAAGAUCUGCCACCACCACCACCUUCCCAUCAUCCCAUUUGGCACAGGCACAGGCCUCGAGGGAGGAGUGGGUGCACUUAAGGGCGGGGUGUGUUUUAGUCUGAGGAACAUGGACAGGGUGUUGGACCUCCAUCAGGAGGACUUUGAUGUGAGCGUGGAGCCAGGUGUGACACGCAAAGGCCUCAACUCCUACCUGAGAGACACGGGCCUGUGGUUUCCUGUCGACCCUGGUGCAGACGCGUCUCUGUGUGGCAUGGCUGCCACCAGUGCAUCAGGCACCAAUGCGGUGCGCUACGGCACCAUGCGGGAGAACGUACUCAACCUAGAGGUGGUGCUGGCCGAUGGAUCCAUCAUCCACACAGCAGGCAAGGGGCGCCGGCCCCGGAAGACGUCAGCGGGGUACAACCUGACCAACCUGUUUGUGGGUUCAGAGGGCACUCUGGGAGUGAUCACGAAGACCACCCUGCGUCUCUACGGGGUGCCAGAAGCCAUGGUGUCUGCUGUGUGCACCUUCCCCUCUGUCCAGGCAGCAGUGGACAGCACUGUGCAGGUCCUCCAGACUGGAGUGCCCAUCGCACGCAUCGAGUUCCUUGAUGAUGUGAUGAUUGACGCCUGUAACAGCUUCAACUCGCUGUCCUACCCCGUGGCCCCCACUCUCUUCCUGGAGUUCCACGGCACUGAGAAGAGUCUGGAGGAGCAGGUUACCGUCACAGAGGAGAUCACACAGGCUAACGGUGGGUCAGACUUUAGCUGGGCGCGGGAUGCAGAGACCCGCGGGCGCCUGUGGAAGGCACGACACGAUGCCUGGUACGCUGCCCUGGCACUCAGACCGGGCUGCAAGGCCUACUCCACAGAUGUGUGCGUCCCUCUCUCUCGUCUCCCUCAGAUCAUUGUGGAAACCAAGGAGGACCUGAUGCUAAACGGACUCACAGGUCCGAUCGCGGGUCAUGUUGGAGAUGGAAACUUCCAUUGUAUAAUGGUCAUGGACCCCAAUGACCAGGAUGAGGUCAUUAGAGUUCAUGAGUUCACUGAGCGACUGGCCAGGAGAGCACUGGCCCUGGACGGGACAUGUACGGGGGAGCACGGGGUGGGCCUGGGGAAACGAGCGUUGCUCCGAGAGGAGAUGGGACCCCUGGCCAUCGAGGUCAUGCAGGGCCUCAAAGCCACCCUUGAUCCCAAGAACCUCAUGAAUCCUGGGAAGGUUCUGUAGCUGAAGGUACUGUAGCUAUGACCUUAUCAGAGCACUGAAUCAAUAAAUGAAGUGUAAAACAAUACCUUUGUCUGCCACAGGGUGUCAGGAGUUUGGUAUUUAUAGAGUAACUGACUGAGUGCCAAGGGCAAAUUGUGUUAUUUUUGCCUGUCCAGUACCUCAGAAUGAACUGCUGCUAAUUUAGAUGUUAUUACAAUGGAAUGGUGGCUUGAAAUUAUAUAUUUCCAACAAACCUAAUGCAACGUUCUGUGUUUUGUUUCUGUUAAAUUGUGUGCCCUGUUGAUGUGUACAAACUGUAAUUGGCCGCUUCUCAUUGACAAUGAAGUAUUUUUUUAUUAAACAUCCCUCAUAUUGCCA